GUUUCGUUUCCCUCGUGAAACUCUUAUUUAUUCCUAGCACUUGAGCGUCGGAAAGGGGAACUAACCCCUUCAGACUAAGAAAGUGACACAGAGGUGGUGGUCUGUGCUUUCUGUCUCUCAGGUAGACAAUACUUUUGUUUCUGUUGCCCGCGAGGAGCCCCGCGCAGCAAACAUGAUGGAGGCAACUGAUGGAGAAGAGCAAAUGAGAGCUGCUGAUCAUCUUCUAGCACCUCCUAAUGGCGGCAUGAAUGAACUGCUGAAUGUGGGGCAAGAAGACAACAUGCAGGGACAGAUGGAGGAGUUUUUGGGUCCACAGUCAGAGUACAAUGAGGAGGAAGAGGAGAGGAAAUACUACAGGAGGAAGAGGCUGGGAGUCAUCAAAAAUGUUAUUGCAGCCAGUGUUGGAGCCAUGAUUGUGUACAGUGUAUAUAUGGGCCUUCUGCAAAUGCAACUGAUCCUCCAUUAUGACAUGACCUACCGUGAGGUGAAGUACAGUAACCUUGGCCUGGAGGACAUCGACCGCAAGAUGCUGAUGGGCAUUAACGUCACGCCCAUUAUAGGUCUGCUGUACACCCCUGUUCUCAUCAGGUUUCUAGGUACUAAGUGGAUGAUGUUCCUGGCCUCGGGAAUCUACGCACUUUUUGUCUCAACCAAUUACUGGGAGCGUUACUACACCUUGGUUCCAUCAGCCAUAGCUAUCGGUGUGGCCAUUGUGCCGCUCUGGGCCUCCUUGGGAAAUUACAUCACUAGGAUGGCGCAGCAGUACUACGAGUACGUCAACUACAAGGAAGAGCAUGUGCAGGAGCAGAGGAAGCUCCCUAAAGGAGUGUGCCACAGCUACAUCAUCAUCUUCCACUCAGUCUUCAACAUCAUCUUCCAUCUGAGUUUUGUCUUUGCGGAGUUCCCUAUGCGUCUCGUCCUCAACGGCUACCUGCAUGAUGAUGACAAGCACAUUCUCUGCAACGUCAAAGCCUGUGGAGCCGUAGUCAGUGGAGUGAUCCCCGGAUUCAACACCACCGUGCUGACCAACCUGCCACGCUCCAUGCUGCUCAUCCAGGUGGAGAGUGUCCUCAUGGGCUUUGCCUUCCUGUCCAUGAUCAUUUUCCUUGUGCUGUGUGGCGCCGCCUACCGGCCAACAGAAGAGAUCGACCUCCGCAGCAUCGGCUGGGGAAACAUCUUCCAGCUGCCUUUCAAACACCUGCGGGACUACCGCCUGCGACUGCUCUGCCCCUUUUUUAUCUACAGUGGCUUUGAAGUGCUGUUUGCCAUCACCGGGUUCUCUCUGACCUAUGGCGUCUGCAUUUUGGGCCUGAAAAAUCUGUGGCUCCUUAUCGUCGUCUAUGGCCUCUCCUGCUCCGUCUUUUCCUCCCUCUCCCUCUGCAUCCUACGCCUCCCUCGCUGGCUCUGUCUGGUGAGCGGCGCUGCUGUGCAUUUUGUGUUGCUGGUGACUCUCCUGGUGUUCUCUCUACAACGUAAGGACAACGAAAACUAUACAUGGUAUCUGGGCCCUCUGCUGGUGAUCACCGUGCUGUGGGGUCUCGGCACUGCCCUGAACAAGACGGGCGUCAGCACUCUGCUUGGUAUGCUGUAUGCUGAGGAAAAGGAACGUCUGGACUUUGUGUACACCAUCUAUCACUGGUGGCAGGCCAUCGCCAUCUUCAUAGUCUACCUCUGGUCCAACCUGCCUAUGAGGGCCAAACUCUCCAUCCUUUUGGCUACUUUACUGGUGGCCUGCUACUGCUAUUGGGUGAUGGAGCGUCGGCUGGCCAAUGACGUACGCCCCAGGCUGCCUCGCAUCCCCCGGCCACGGCACAAGGUCAAAGGCUACCGCUACCUUGAAGAUGACAACUCUGAUGAGUCAGACUCUGAGAGAAGUGAGGAGGAUGAGGAGAAGGAGGAGGACGAAGAGCAUGUGGUGGAAGAGAUGGUAGCAGAGGACAGGGAGGAAGGGGGCCAAGACAGAGGGGCCCAGGGAGCUGACUCACCCAGAGCCAGGAGGAGAGGGACAGAGGGUCACCGCCGCAAAUGGGAGGACGCCCGUGUGAAGGAUGGAGAGAGGGAAAACCACGAGGGGUGGUGAGAGAAGAAAAAAAGGAGGAGAGAGGAGAAGACAUGGUGGACGGAUGUCAGAGAUAAAGGAGAGGAAGAGAUUCAAAAUACGCUGGAUUCAGUUGUGUUCAUGAAUCCAUUCAUAUUUCUACAGAUAUUUAAACUUAACGUAACUCUUUCGUGCCACACGAAACAAAAAUGUGUUUUCUAGCAUAAAGUUAAGUUUAAAGGCUGGAAAUCCAUAUUCAGCUAUUAUCACAACAGUCAUCCAGAUGAAAAGGUAAAAACUUGAAAGACCUAUGUUGCUAUCAAUAGGCACAGUCUCAAAGGGUAGCUCACACUGGAUAGAGCAAACAACAAGUCAGAAUACAACAGGAAUGCUUAUGUUUUUUUUUUUUUUACUGCAGUUUGUGGCUCAUAUUUACCAAAGAUACCCAUAAUUAUAUUCCAUGCUCAUGUGAAGCAGGUAUAGAGGGCCAAAGUAAAACUGGAAGUAAAGAAAACCUCAUUAAAAAUCCCAUUGACAUUUGUAAUAAUGCUAAAAAUCCAGCCUUGGAACACAACAGUCGUGUUGCUCAAUUCAUAUGUUUAGAUAAAUUAAAUUUUUUUGUUUAGUCAAUGUCCAUAAUAUUCAAUAUUCAGACAUGUCUGCAAUAACAGCAGGAUCAUGGGAGCUGUAGUUUUUUUGUAGGCACACAAGGUAAUUGUUGUAUAACUUUGUUAACUCAUGAAGGUUUCAAUUUCUUAUAGCCACUGAUGUGGUGAAUAGUGAUUUUGUUUUCUCAUAAAGAAAUGCUGAAGGAGAGAUUGCGCUGAACUAAGCUAUAGAAGCUAGUGGAACAGAGGCUAGCCCAGACUGACACCAAGACUGGUUCUCUAUCAUGUUUAUAAUGUUCACCUUCUUAGUUUAGCAUGUUAGCAGGCUAACAUUUGUAGCAUUAAAUCAGCAUUAAACACAAAGCACAGCUGAGGCUGAUGGAAAUGUCAUUCGUUUUUGCAGGUAUUUGGAGACCAUAAAUGUUGUGUACAUACUUUCAUGGCAAUCUAUCAAAUAGAUGUUGAGACAUAUCAGUCUGGAACAAAGUGGCGGACUGACCAACACUGCCAUCCCUACAGUCACGCUGCUAAUGUGUCUAAAAUAAACAGGAGGAACUAGCACAGAAGUCUGUACAACAAACAACAGUCAGAUCAUGUCUUGAAACUGCACGUCAGGGUGUCCACAUGUUCUUACAAAUCCUAAUGAGUGUUGUAAAAUGUGUGUUAAUUUAAGGCAUAAAAAGUAUUAAAAAGUGUUGCAUACA